ACGGAGAGGUUAGGUUAGGUUCAUUAUUUUGUAUUUUAUGCAAUUUACUGGAUAAAUAGAAGGCUAAAAUGAACAAACAGCUCCUCAAAGUUUGUAGCCCGUUGGCUACAUUCUCAAGAGCAAGAGGCUUCGCUCCUCCACCUGGCGGAAUCAAAUAUCCAGGAGGAAUCACAUAUUACCCCAGCCAUGCAGACCAUAAAGACCCAGAGAUCACCCCUUCAAAGCUAUUUAGAGUGGAACGUAUAAAAACCCUGAAGCAUCAGCCCUGGUACCUGAAACUGAUCAUGAAAGAGCUGAAAAUUGACGAAGAGACCAGAGUCACCAUUGUCAAGAAUAUACCUGAAAUCAAUUCCAGGCUUUGGAAGGUGAAACAUUUGAUAAAAGUUACCCCAAUCAUUCCCUACGGAGAACCUGCCCCGGAGGAUAUCAAACAUACAGUCCUGAAAGAAAACGGGCAGUGUAUAGUCACAAAAACACUUGCACCACAACCUGAACAGAUUGAGGCCUUGGACAACUUCGAUAACAACAAAAAGAAAAUGGAUUCUACUACAAUAAAGAGAGAUUCUAGGCAUAAGUGGAAUCAGGCAUAUAGUGGUGGAUUUUAGAGUGCAUAUAUUAGUUAUGGUAGCAAUAAAAUAAUAGUGUAUUAAAUUA